AUGUUUGGCUGUAUCGCUGCUGGCCGCUUAGUACAAACAAACUUACAGCAAGUGGAUGUGAAUAAAUACGUUUUUGAAUUAGCUGAUGCACAAGCCAUCAACCACAUCACUGUCUUCUUGUUAGGCACGAUUCCAUUCGAGCCUGGAUUUGCUGCUACAGUGCACUUACUGUGGCCAAAUAAAGAUUGGCAAUUGCUGGGAGGAUUAUCCAACGAAAAGCCAAGUGCCAUCUUUAGAAUUAAAACAAAGGAAUCAGCCAUCAACAGCAUGCAAAUGUCUACAUCAGCAACCCUCGGCAUUUCCAUAGAGCCCAUUCAAGUGGUCGAACAAGAACUAUCCACCAUCAACCAACCCCUUACAUCAUCUGCAUUAGUCAAGCCUGGCGUCAAUGUGUCUCAAGUGGGUCAAAUGGCAGGACGCGUAUUAGAAAACUUGUAUAAUUACUGUACAUCAUUUGCAACACACAAUUUACCACCCAACGCCAUACCACUGGGCCAAUUGACAGAGAAUGGUUAUUUACCUCUCAAGACCUUCCAAACCUGGUACGAGAAUCUGUCAAGGAAGUUGGCGUCCAACCCAAAUUAUUUGAUAGAGGAUAAAUCAGCCUAA